UUCUUGGUUCUUCUCUCACACUUCCCAAUGUUAAGCAAAAUUUCCACCUCCGCAUUGCGCAAAAGCUUGUGUAGUGCUUCGAGGUGGAAUCUUCGACCCCGGAGCCGUGGGCUACUCACUCUUGCCAUUGAAACGUCUUGUGACGACACAUCCGUCGCAAUCGUCGAGAAGGAGGCCAAUGCGGUACAGAUUCAUUUUCUCGACAAGGUAACAUGCGAUACCACCGCAUACCAGGGUAUCCACCCGGUCGUGGCCCUCGAAUCCCAUCAAGAGAACAUCGCAAGCCUCGUCAAUAAAGCACUCGCCCAUCUGCCCGUCGCAUGCGAGACGAAACACGCAAGACAUCAAACGAUAAAUAUAGCGAAUAGCUCAGAGCUGCGCAGAAAGCCAGACCUUGUAUGCGCCACCAGAGGCCCAGGGUUUCGGUCCAAUCUUUUUGUUGGGCUAGAUACGGGAAAGGCACUGUCGGUCGGAUGGCAGGUCCCGUUUGUUGGAGUCCAUCAUAUGCAGGCUCAUCUCUUGACUCCUCGUCUUGUAUCCUGCUUAAAUCGGGGUCAGAAUAGCAACCCCGAUGUCGCUCUAUCGCAGCCUGUCACCCCCGAAUUUCCCUUCCUUUCCAUCCUUAUCUCCGGCGGCCAUUCGAUGUUGGUCAAGUCUUCUUCGAUCACCGAGCAUGAAAUCAUGGCUUCCACUGCGGACAGAGCUCUUGGUGAGGCCCUCGACAAGGCCGCCCGCGACAUCAUCCCGGACUCCCUUCUUCAGACGUCAAAGAGCACUAUGUAUGGUAAAUUGCUGGAACAGUUUGCCUUCCCGAAUGGUAGCGCAGAUUAUGCCGACUACAAAGCCCCGAAGAGCCGGGGCGAGGAGCUCCUUCCACGAGAGAACCCAUGGGGCUGGAAUUUCACCGAGCCAUGGUCCCACAGCCGUCAAUUGCAGUUCAGCUUCUGCUUCAUUGGUGCCACGCUGGCAAGGUUAUUCGCCGCGAGAGAGGCCUCUGGUCAAGUGAUUAGCCACGACGAGCGUAUAGCCCUAGCACGUGAAGCGAUGCGCUCGAGCUUCGAGCAUCUGGCAUCGCGCACCAUCAUGGCGCUCGAAAGCUUGGUUAAGAAAGGAACCGACAAAGAGGUCAAGACGCUGGUUGUCAGCGGGGGCGUUGCGGCAAAUCAGUACCUCAUGACAGUGCUCCGCUCGUUCCUGGAUGCCCGCGGGUUCGGGCAUGUUAGUCUUGUGGCACCCCCACCCUACUUGUGUACGGAUAAUGCUGCGAUGAUUGGAUGGGCCGGUAUUGAGAUGUUUGAGGCAGGCUGGCACACUAACCUCACCUCUCGCGCGUUGAAGAAAUGGACCCUCGAUCCGCGAGAGGAAGAUGGUGGUGUGUUGGGGCCUUUUGGAUGGGAACGAGUAGACAAAUGAGGAUGUGUUGGUGCCCUUGUAUGAUAGAUAGACUUAGCGCUGUUACCACUUCACUCUUCGAGUGGACUUCUAAUUGUAUAUAUAUUUAUGUAUCACC